GGCUCGGUUAACUUCCGGGUGAUAUUUACUGCAGAGCUGCUGGAUGUUACUCCGCCACCACCACCACCCAUCUCCGCCACACUCAAUAAAUCAGUGAUAUUAUCGAUCACCUGGCACGUGCUGGGCUCGCGACACGCCUCGGACAUCAAUUAAAGCCGCGAGCAGACGACCGCCGGUGACGUUUUCUGCGCCUCAAACUACCGACGACGAGCUGGCGGUUCUUCAUCCCAUCUUACCCAACAUCUGUCUCAGGGGCUUCACUCAUUCCAUAAUCGUAGCUCUGUCAGUCUGCACAGCAGCCUCUUCGGACCGGAUCAGCGCCUUGAAUCAGAGAGCACAAGCCAAGGCCAAUGGUAAGCACAGCGCAGGGAUCUUAGAGCCGCAAACUCUGCACAGCCGCUGUGCUGCCUUCCAGUAUCGAGCGAACAAGUAUUCAGCAGAAGGGGAAGCGUCAAAGCUCACCAUGCCCGGAUCCUCGCCGGCCAGCAGCAAAGCUCGGGUGUACACCGACGUCAACACACAGAAGAACAGAGAGUACUGGGACUACGACACGCAUGUGCCAAACUGGAGCAAUCAAGACAACUAUCAGCUGGUGCGCAAACUGGGCAGAGGGAAGUACAGUGAAGUUUUUGAGGCCAUAAAUGUUACAAACAAUGAGAAAGUUGUGGUGAAAAUCCUAAAGCCCGUCAAGAAGAAGAAGAUCAAACGGGAAAUAAAAAUUCUUGAAAACCUGCGAGGUGGAACCAACAUAAUCCGCCUGAUUGACACAGUCAAAGACCCAGUGUCCAGAACACCAGCGCUUGUCUUUGAGUACAUCAAUAACACAGAUUUUAAGGAGCUUUACCAGAAGCUGACAGACUACGAUAUCCGUUACUACAUGUAUGAGCUCCUUAAGGCUCUGGACUACUGUCACAGUAUGGGCAUCAUGCACAGAGACGUGAAGCCCCACAACGUGAUGAUCGACCACCAGCUGAGGAAGCUUCGUCUCAUAGACUGGGGUUUGGCUGAAUUUUACCAUCCUGCUCAGGAAUACAACGUGAGGGUGGCCUCUCGUUAUUUCAAAGGCCCUGAGCUGCUCGUGGACUAUCAGAUGUACGAUUAUAGUUUGGACAUGUGGAGUUUAGGAUGCAUGUUGGCCAGCAUGAUCUUUCUGAAAGAGCCRUUUUUUCACGGCCAGGACAACUACGAUCAGCUGGUCCGCAUUGCAAAGGUCCUCGGCACAGACGAGCUGUUCAACUAUCUGCACAAGUACCACAUAGAACUGGACGCUCGCUUCAAAGACCUGCUGGGACAGCAAACAAGGAAGCGCUGGGAGCAGUUCAUCCAGUCAGAGAACCAGCACCUGGUGAGUCCGGAGGCCCUGGACCUGCUGGACAAGCUGCUGCGCUAYGACCACCAGCAGAGGCUGACGGCGGCUGAGGCCAUGCGACACUCUUACUUCUAUCCAGUGGUGAAGGAACAGGCGAAUGCCAACACAGAAGGCACAAAGGCAAUAAGCAGCUCCAAUGCAACAUGAUAACCAGAGAAGCAG